GUUUAUCAUUAAACGCCCUCACUAGCAAUUAAGUAAAUUUAACAUACAAUAGAUUAUCUUUAUCAAAUGUUUCUAUUAUCUGCGAUGGGGAUAUAAAUACGCGCUAUCAACGGUAACAAAGCUAGUAAAGCGAGAUUGAUAUUUCGGUACAGAGAUGCGUAUAGCGGAGGUUAUUGAGAAUGGGAUGUGGGAUGUGUUUAGAAUCGCGCUGAACAAUCCGAUGCUGUUUAAUUUGAGAGAGGUGGACGAUUUUGGAAACACUUUAAUUCAUAUAUUGACGAGCAAGGGAAAGGUGGAACUUGUGCAGAAAAUGUUGACAUUAGGAACGACGUCGGUGGACGCAGCAAAUAUAGCUGGAGAGACUGCAUUACAUUUGGCCGCCGAUUGUGGUGAUAUAGAAAUGUUGAAGGUUUUGUUGGAGCAUGGAGCUGACGUGGAGGUGUUGGACACCGCCCAAAGGUCGCCCCUAUUCAGAGCUGUCUUGGGUGGACACCUGAGGCUCGUGCAAAAGCUGCGGGAGGUGGGUUCGAAGACGGAUGUACUGGAUGCGUCUGGAGAGAGUUUGGUGCAUGCCGCUGUGAGGAUUCACUCUGCGGAAAUCCUCAAGUACUUGCUGUCGCUUGGGGUUGAUGUGAACCUAGCAAACGCGUCCAAGGAAACUCCGCUGAGGGUGGCCAUCAUCACGGGAAUGGCGGAUAUUGCUGCAUGUCUGAUCGGAUACAAUGCUAAGGUCACGGAGGUGGAUGUAAGAGGACGAUCUCUAUUGCAUCUAGCAUCCAGUAAAAACGAUUGUUUGGUAGGAAGGUUGGUUUUGAAGCAGUUGAAUGUGAAUAUUCGAGAUUGUGAAGGUGCUACUCCCUUGCAUCUUGCUGCAGAAUUUGGAUGUCUCGAGAUGAUUAAGUUGUUGUUGAACAAGGGAGCCGAUGUCAAUGCUCAGGACGCGGACGGCUAUACCGCUCUACAUAUAUCCUGUUCAAAGAAAAACCUUGAUAUAUUGAAGUUCCUCAUCUACAAAGGCGCAUCCCUCAGUUUACCAACAUGCCAUGGGAAUUAUCCUCUGCACAUCGCGGCCAGCCACGAUAAUCAGCAAGCAAUGAACUUUAUCCUUGAAUGCGAAGGUUUUAAACACAUUAACACCAGGAACAACGACGGCCAGACGUUGGCUCACUGUGCCGCAGAACGGGCGUCUGAUCAGCUUUUCAGUCACUUAGUCAAAUCCAAAUUUGUCGAUUUGACGAUCGUCGAUGGCUUCGGAAAACUUGCGCACGAUUAUGCAAAUCCCGCUGCAAGGAAAUGCACAAAAAGGAAGUUUGUGCGUCGUCGAACGACCCAAAUCGAGUUACCAUAAAAAACAUCGAGGUCUCUCAUUAACGUUACUUUUAUUUAAUUUUAAUCAGUUUAUAAACACGCUUCAGGCUAACGCUAACAUCCUUCU